ACAAUGAUUUGACUCUUACCGAUCCCAUCGAUCCAGCACAUAAAGUCAAUCUUUAUCCACUGAUUUGGAUAUUGAUUCAAACAUGGGUUCUGAGAAUGGGUUCACCGAAGAAGCCAUUGGUUUUUGCGUACUAUGUGACAGGACAUGGAUUUGGGCAUGCUACUCGCGUUGUUGAGAUUGUUCGUAACCUCAUUCUAGCUGGGCAUGAAGUUCAUGUGGUCACUGGCGCUCCCAACUAUGUUUACACUUCUGAGAUACAGUCACCGCAACUAUUUAUUCGAAAGGUGCUGCUGGACUGUGGAGCUGUUCAAGCAGAUGCUUUGACAGUUGACCGUCUUGCUUCACUUGAAAAGUACAUUGAAACAGCUGUAGUCCCUCGGGAAGAAAUAUUGGCCACAGAAGUUGAUUGGUUGAAAUCUAUCAAGGCUGACUUUGUGGUUUCAGAUGUUGUUCCUGUUGCUUGCCGAGCAGCGGCAAAUGCUGGAAUACCUGCGGUUUGUUGCACCAAUUUCAGUUGGGAUUUCAUCUAUGCUGAAUAUGUAAUGGCAGCAGGAAUACAAAACCGCUCAAUAAUCUGGCAGAUAGCAGAGGAUUACUCUCAUUGUGAGUUUCUAAUUCGUCUGCCAGGGUACUGCCCAAUGCCUGCUUUUAGAGAUGUCAUUGAUGUACCUCUUGUUGUAAGAAGGUUGCACAAAUCUCGUGCAGAGGUUAGGAAAGAGCUUGGAAUUGGGGAUGAUGUCAAACUUCUUGUUUAUAAUUUUGGCGGGCAGCUAGCUGGAUGGCAGCUAAAAAAGGAGUAUCUACCUGAUGGAUGGAUAUGUUUGGUUUGUGGUGCUUCUGAAGGGCAAGAGCUGCCUCCUAAUUUUGUAAAACUCCCUAAAGAUUUUUAUACACCUGAUGCUAUUGCUGCUUCAGACGUCAUGCUUGGUAAAAUUGGAUAUGGCACAUCUAGUGAAGCUUUGGCAUACAAAGUGCCAUUUGUAUUUGUGCGUAGAGAUUAUUUUAACGAAGAACCAUUUUUGAGGAAUCUAGUUGAGCACUACCAAGGGGGUGUAGAGAUGAUACGUAGGGAUUUGCUCGCUGGAAACUGGGCUCCCUACCUUCAACGGGCUAUAACUUUGAAACCGUGUUAUGAAGGAGGCAUUAAUGGUGGUGAGGUGGCUGCUCGCAUACUUCAGGAUACAGCCUAUGGAAAUAAUCGAGCUUCAGAUAAAUUUAGUGGAGCCAGGAGGUUGAGAGAUGCUAUUGUACUUGGAUAUCAGCUCCAAAGAAUUCCUGGGACAGAUAUUGCUGUUCCAGAUUGGUAUUCACUUGCCCAAACUGAACUUAGUUCUCGUUCACAAUCAGCAAAUCAUAAUGCUGUUGACUCCAACAUUAAAUCAAUAGAAACUGAAGACUUUGUGAUUCUUCAUGGGCAUCAUCGUGGCCUUCCAGACACAAUAGGUUUCUUAAAGACCUUGGCAGAACUACAAUCAAUGAAUCCUGUGAGUAGUAAAAGUCCACAAACACGUGAGCAUCUAGCUGCUGUUGCAAUGCUGAACUGGGAGGAAGACAUAAUUGUUUCCAGAGCUCCAGGGAGGUUGGAUGUGAUGGGAGGGAUUGCAGACUAUUCAGGAAGCCUGGUUCUGCAGAUGCCCACUAGAGAAGCAUGUCAUGUUGCCAUCCAGAGAAAUCAUCCAACCAAGCACAAGUUGUGGAAGCAUGCUCAGGCUAGGCAGCCAACAGAAGGGCCCAUCCCUGUUCUUCAAAUUGUUUCAUUCGGUUCGGAGCUAGGGAUCCGUGCACCAACUUUUGACAUGGACCUUUCCGACUUCAUGGAUGGUGACCAGCCUAUGUCAUAUGAGAAAGCAUACAAAUAUUUUUCCCGUGAUCCAUCUCAAAGGUGGGCUGCAUAUGUUGCUGGAACAAUACUGGUCUUAAUGACUGAGUUGGGUGUUCGUUUUUCAGACAGUAUUAGCAUGCUGAUAUCUUCUGGGGUACCUGAAGGUAAAGGUGUAUCAUCUUCUGCGUCUAUUGAAGUUGCCAGCAUGUCUGCUGUCGCUGCUGCCCAUGGAUUGGAAAUUUCUCCAAGGGAUCUUGCUUUGCUCUGCCAAAAGGUAGAAAACUAUGUUGUUGGAGCUCCAUGCGGAGUUAUGGAUCAGAUGGCUUCUGCAUGUGGUGAAGAAAACAAACUUCUUGCGAUGGUGUGUCAGCCUGCUGAGGUACUUGGACUUGUGGAAAUUCCACUCUAUAUCCGAUUCUGGGGAAUUGAUUCUGGAAUACGACAUAGUGUUGGUGGUGGAGAUUACAAAUCAGUCAGAAUAGGGACAUACAUGGGUAGGAAGAUGAUUAAGUCCAUGGCGUCUGAAUGGUUGCAUUCCUCAAUGUCAAACAACUUUGCUGAGCAGGGUGACGAUAUUAACUCUGAUGAAUUAGAUGACGGAAGCAGGAAACUAUUUGAAACCGAGGCUUCUCUUGGUUACCUAUGCAAUCUCUCACCUCAUAGAUAUGAAGUUGCUUAUGCAAGCAGACUACCAGAAUCUGUGUCUGGGAAGGAGUUUGUUCAGAAGUAUGCUGAUCAUGAUGACUCUGUCACAAAAAUUGACGAAAACCUCGGUUAUGCAGUACAAGCCCCCACCAGGCAUCCAGUUUAUGAGAAUUUUAGAGUAAAGGCUUUUAAAGCAUUAUUGUCUGCUGCACAUUCUGAUCAUCAACUCUACUCUCUUGGGCAGCUAAUGUAUCAGUGCCAUUACAGCUACAGCGCUUGUGGACUAGGGUCAGACGGGACAGAUAGGUUGGUUGGAUUGGUCCAAGAAAUGCAGCACCUUAAAUCACCAAAAUCUGGUGAUGCAAGUUUGUUUGGAGCAAAGAUUACUGGUGGUGGUUCUGGGGGGACUGUAUGUAUCAUCGGGAGAAACUGCACGAGAAGUAGUGAACAACUGUUUGAGAUUCAAAGGAGAUACAAAGCUGCGACAGGGUAUUUGCCAUAUGUUUUCGAAGGUUCUUCGCCAGGUGCUGGGAAGUUCGGUUACAUGAGAAUAAGACUCCGUUCUUCUUUGUCCAAAUGAUGCUAAAAAUGUAAAAUUCUCCAAAAUUUGGAAUUGUUAUAAUAUUAUUGUUGUUGUUUA